AUGAAUAUAGAAAACAUAGAACAAAUAUUGACAAAUAUUAAAGAGGUUGAAGAUUAAUUUUAUAAAAUACAUAACCUUUUACAAAAACAAUAUAAUAUAUUGAAAUAACAAUAAGAACACAAAGUAUUUGAAAACAAUAAUUAAUAAAAAAGUUAUUUAAAAAUAGAGAAACCAAAUAAGGACACUUUAUAUUAAGAAUCUGAGUGUAAUUAUUCACUAAAAGAUAAUUUUGAGAAAAAUAUUGAUUUUUAAAAAUAAGAUUUCAAUAGAUUCUCUUGCGAUUUAUUUGGAAAUAAUUUAAAUUAAUAAAACUUACUACAAAAAAUUAUUGAUGAAGUGAAAAAUACUCAAUUAUAAUCUGAAGAUAACAAAGGAUUUUUAGAAAAUAUUGAAAAUAAAAAUAACUUUCAAGUUAAAAGUAUUUCUGAACUUAGUUCUGAUUUAAACAAAUAUCUAUUUGUAGAAGAUAAGUUUUCAUAAAAGCUCUCGGUUUUAUAAGAAAACUACUAAAAAGAGGAGAGUAAUAAUUUAAUUAUUGAUAUUUCUAAUACAUUAGAAAAUUCGAAUAAUAUAGUUUAUGCAACUGAUUUAUUUAUUUAAAGAUUUAAUAGUACUUCUACAUUAAGAAAAGAUAAUACUUCUUCUUCAAAUCUAAAUGAAUAAUUUGAUAAUUCUGUUAACUUUUUGUAAAGUUUUACUCCUGUUUAUUAAAACCAUAAUUAUAGUUUGAGUGUAGGAUAGUAUAAAUAAAGUAAAAUAGAAAAUGGAGAUUUUAAUAAUAUACCAUAUACAGAAAAAUAAAUAUAAAAAAAUUUUGUAAAGAAAGAUAAUUUUGUUUCUAUUUUUAAUAAUAAUAUUCAUGAAACUAUUAAUAAUUUUCAGAACUUUUCUAUCAAAUAAUUUAAAAUUCUAAAUAAAUUAGGAAGUGGAAAAUUCUCUGAUGUUUAUUCGGCUAUAAAUAUUGAAACAGGAUUUAGUGUAGCCUUAAAAUAGAUUAAAAAAACUAUGAUUUAAGAAUACAAAUUAGAGAAAGAUAUUGUAAAUGAAAUUAAGUCUUAAAUUAAACUAGAACAUCCCAAUAUUAUAAGGCUAUAUGGUUAUUUUUUUGAAGAAGAUAGUAUUUAUUUAAUUUAAGAAUUAGCUUGUGGAAAAGAGUUAUUUGCAGAUUUAAAAGCUCAACCAAAUAAAAGAUAUAGAGAAAUAAGUGUUGCCUAAUAUAUAAAAUAAAUUAUAGAGGCUUUAAUUUAUAUGCAUUCUUAAAAUAUUAUACAUAGAGAUAUAAAGCCGGAAAACAUUAUGAUAUAUAAUGGGAUUUUGAAAUUAUGUGAUUUUGGAUAUGCAAGUUAUGUUACUCCAACAAAUUUAAGAUCAACAUUUUGCGGAACUUUAGAUUAUGUAAGUCCUGAAAUGGUUCAAGGUUAAAACUAUGAUUAAUCUGUUGAUAUUUGGAGUGUUGGAAUUUUAACUUAUGAACUUAUUUUUGGAUAAGCUCCUUUUACUGUAAAAGAUCAUGAAAGUACUUUGACCAAAAUUUAAAAUGAUGAAAUUGGUUUCCCAGGUUUAAUUUCUUUUGAAGGAGUUGAUUUUAUUUAAAAACUUUUAGUUAAGGAUCCUUUUAAAAGAAUGACUCUAUGUUAAGCUUUAAAACAUAAUUUUAUAAUAAGUAAUAAUUCCAAUAAAAACUAUUAAAAUUUAAAAAAUGAAUUGGAAUUCUCAGACUUUUUAGUAAUGUGA